GCUGACACCGAUGUCAAAGGCAAGGCGAAUGCCAAUGCCAACGCUAAUGCUAAUGCCAAUGCCAAUGCCAAAACCAAUGCUACUGUCCAGACCAACACCAAUGCUAAUGUCAAUGCCAACACCAAAGUGGCUGGCAAAGAUGAGGAG